UCAUGGUCUCCAUGGCGAAGGAGGUUGCGCGCGUCAUAUAAACACACACGCCGAUAUGCGAUACUCACGACUUCUUUGACUACAAAAGUCAAGUGUCGGCUGAGCUGAUGAACACCAAACUAACGUUUUACUGUCAUAAUCAUUGUACCGGUACUUCCAAAGCCAUGCAAGAUUGGGAAGAAAAAAAUAAGUGGCACGAGAGUAAGCAGGCGAAAGUCACACUACUUGUCAUACGCAUAGGCCAAGUAACAGCUAGUUUCUGACCAUCAGCGCUAUGACUUGCAUGUCCAUCGCAUGAACAUGAUAAUGUCUGGAGGUGAAACCAUCAAAAAAAGGUGUUGAGAAGGAGAAAGCCGAUAAUUUUAGACUAGUAUUUAGAGCGCUUCUCCGUUCCCCAGCUGGUGGACCGAUGAUUACUUUCACCGUUUGUUUUCCUUGUACAUGUACUCAUUUCAUUCGGCGUGCCUUCCUGUUGACAACAUUCUCAUGGGCUCGCUCGUUGCUGCUUGAGCAACGCGACAAAAGGUUCCUGGAACAGCUUCGCUCGGCACCACUGGUGACUGUGCAAGUGUCGUGAACGUCAGGGCAUGAAUGAAGAGUUUCUGUUCGGUUGGCAAAAAUAUUCAACCGCUUCUACCGUGUUAGCGUGAGGUUACGACUCAGCAAGCCGCUAUCUUCCUUGAAGAAAAGUAUCACUCCACCACCUGCUGCUGGACAGGAGACGUACUGGUGAGCGAGGCCAGCUGACACGCACCAUCAUGGACUCCACUGCCGUGCCAGCGUCGGAUGAACCGAAGAGCUCUGCCAUUGACAUCGAUGACACAAAGGAGUCGCACGCAGAGAACGCGGCUACAGAGGGCAUCGCUACGGCGACGGAGAGCACACACGGAAUGCAGGCGACGAAAGACGAGCCGCGCAGAACUGACCACAUGCCUAUACCUAUCGAGGGAUUAUCAUCGACACUGACGCUGGACUCCAAGACGGAUGCACCACACGCAACGGGCACCGCAGCUCCUCCAAAGGGCACGCAGAAGAAGCCCGUUGCCAAGGAUACGAGCGUGGACGCAAAGCAAGCGGCAUCGGCGUACAUGGCUGUGACGGAGAUGAUCCCGCGGGAGAUAUACGAGUGGCUGUGCGAGGUCGUACUGACGCGACCCGUGCGAGUGCCUAAACACGACCUGCGGAAUGGAUUUCUGGUGGCCGACUUGCUGAUGAACUACUUCCCACACAAGCGCUCGCAGCUGAUCAUGGUGGAUGGCUUGAGCUUGGAGGUGAUGAAGAGCAACUGGAAGAUCUUACGCAAGUUUUUCCAGCAGCAUCCGUCCCUCGCAGUGGACGAUAUCCUAAUGGAAGGUGUGAUGCACAUGAAACCCAACGCUGCUGUGCGUCUCCUCUGCAUCCUGUACCAGUGGCUGACACAUAACACUAUCUCUGACCGUACAGUACAGGAGACACUAAAGGCACCGCCCAUGGCUGGUUGGACGGAUGCAGUGUACCAGUCUCGUUUGCCGUUGUUUGCACGUACAACUGCAUCACAGACUCUGAAGACUAACCUCUGCACUACAGAACAACUCGGCCACGAGGACAUCAACACGUCCAAGGACAAGGCCCAGUUCAUAAUCACAGAGUAUGAGAAGCGCCGUCAGGAGGUCAAGCACAGAGAUCCGAGUCGCUUCACCACCAAGCCCAAGAUUGACAAGUACCCACCGGCGAAGAGGGGCAUGACACCUCCCAAGCCCAGAAUACACGACCGCAAACAGCUGGGUAACACGCAAGAGACGGACGAUAUUGAUGUGAAAUUUGGAGAGAUGUCCCUGCCAACAAGCCAGCCAGGAUCACGAAGUCAAGCAGGCUCGAUGACGAAAGGCUACAAGCCACCCACUGUGGUGUUCAAGCUGACAGAUCGCUACCCAGAACGCGGUUACUACCAUCCUGCUGGUCGCCUUGGCAACGGUACCACGGAAACGGGAAGGGAUGCGCAUGCUCAGGUUUUGGUUACCAAGGCUAUAGACCAGGAUGUACCUACACUGUCACCGGCAGGCGCGCGUCCAGGAGCAGAGCAGCUGUGCAUCGAUCCUCAUCGCACCACAACCACCCAGCCUCCUGGCAACGACACAGCUGAUGUCCACCGUCCUAGCUCACCACCGCACCUACCCGUGCACCGGGUAACGGACAAGAUUGCCACGCUGCACGACACCGACUACUCGUACGCAUUGCUCGUGGAGGCUGCUGGGAGGCAGGGCUUGGAGUCGGGCUCUUCGCAACCAGUCCCGGUGCGUCUGCAUCGGUAUGACCGCGACGAUCCUCCGCAGCAUGUCCUUGACACCUUGCACCCAGACUGCAGCCGAAUUAUCGGCCACAGCGAGAACGUGCGGCGAGGUGACGAAUACCGAGGCUUCCGUCCGACGAUGCACCACUUCCCGCUGUUCAAACCGACCUGUUCUGUGCCAACCGAUCGCGAUAUCCCCAAGCCAGCUGCAGCUGCUGACAACAAACACGCUGACCGCACGCAAUCUGAUCCCAGUGCCGACGCGAGAUCUGCACCGCUAUCUCCAGCAGACAAUAUCGUGCGAAUCCUGGCCGAAAUGGACGACGCCACGCUGGAGCAGCUCAAUGCAUUCGAGUCGUGCUCGGAAGACGAUGCAUCCGGUGGCGACGACGAUAGUGACGAGGAAGAAGACGACGCUGACGUCCGCUCACUGGCAUCCCUACUGCAUGUCCGGGCAUGUGCACGGGCAGCGUCCGGGGAGGCAAACGACCCCGACCUGCUGGACAUUCUGACCCGGGCCGGGGACAAGGACGUCCUGCUGAGCGAGGAGGACUACUUACACUAUCAGAGCUUUGGCAAACAGACUCUCUACGUCAAGGACAAGAAACAACAGCCGCAACUCGCAACCGGGGCGCUGACUAAAAGCUUCGUUGUCGGCGGCGGCGGCAACGACGACGGCAUGGCAGUCGGCAAGAAGCGGAAGACGAGCGACAAAGCACACGCCGGCGGUGACGCCAAGGUCAGUCACCACUCCAUCGGUGGCAAGCGCAAGCCGAGUGACGCCCAUCGUACCAGUCAGCAGUCCGUUGCCAGCCCAGUACCGGGCAUUAAGCGCGAGGCUAGCCAGAUUUUCGGACAAGACCAGCAGCAGCCGCAAGCGGAAACGGCGGGGCAGAGGCAACUUUCACCCGUACCGGUACCGCGUGCAACAGGCGUGGGCGCUAGCCAGCAGCCAGACGCAGGAGGUCGACUCUUGGCGGGGCAGGCCGAGGCCAAGCGCAGCACCGUGCCGAUAGUCUCCGUGUCCGAGGAGGUAACGACGUCGACAGAACGAGCCGCCGCGGCGCCAAGACGACCGUCAAUCACCAUGGCCGCUGCCCCCGUCGCUCAGUAUGCUGGUAGAACACCGGGACCAGGCGCAGCGCUGCUCUUACGCCGUCAGUGGUCCGAUGAUUCCGACGACGACGAUGAGUCCAGUAUGUCAGCGACGAUGACGUCACAACAGGCGCAAUCUGCCGACACGACAUCAUCCGCUGACCUCAAUGACGGCACCGAUGUGGCCAGCAUGCCGGGCGACGGAUUUUACGUGGUGCAGCCCAAGUCGACGCUACAUGCAGACCCGGCCCGGCUGAGCCUGGAGGAGGUGUUGCGUUUUCGCUUCCACACGCACAACCGGCAGUUUCCCCAGUGGCGCCUCGGAAAGUUGCCCGCGGGAUGUAAACUGCCGGACAUGGAGCCAUGCUCCCCUGCUGGCGUUCCGGAGGAUUUGAUCGCAGCGCUAGGAGUUGAGAAGCCAGCGGUGGCCCAGCCCAAUGAUGCUGAGCAGAAGGCGGAAUUGAAGUCCGAGAUUGGUGUCGCGACGCGUCGAAGCAGGCUGGAGACGCUGCUACGUGUGCACGAGCACUAUCUACGUGUGUACGAAGCGCAGAGUGGUCGCCUGAACGCCACUCACGCACACGCCAUCGGAGACCUCUCCCAGUUCAGCGCCGACGAGAUCAAGCUGAACAGAGACCGUCUGCUGGCAACACUGGAGGACUUAGAACGAGCGGAGCACAUGAAGAAAAACUCAAAGCGCACUGAUAUCGAGAUACCCGAUGAGGACACGUGGACACCUGAUACAUAUAUUGAAAGUCCAAUGUACACUUCCACUCCGAUGGCGGGUCUUCCCGACGAGCUAUCUUACCUCAGCAGCAGUGAAGAUGAUGAUGACCACCGCACCGAUAUCAUAUACUCGUAUCCGGGUGUUGGCGACGCGGCCAACGUGCAGCAUGCCCGGCGAACGCUGAACGAACACGAGCGUAUCUACAUGGCGCUGCUUCAAAAGGACGGCAGCACUCUAGUCCAGGACACCUUCUUGCCGGCUGACAUGAGCAAGGCAGCCGACAUUGGCAGUAUCACUGGUGACGUGGUCGCGAUCAAAACAGCGCCACCCCCCGCCGUGGACCGUAAUCAAAAAAGUGCCGAGACUAGUGAUGAUUCGUAUUCACAAGGCCGUCACCCAGCCUGGCCAGAGAGCAGUGAUUCCGUGGAUGAAGAUGCCUACUUAGAGCAAGUACUUGACUUUCUGGAGCAAGUGGAGCACAUGACCGACCAAAUAAGUCGUCCGCGGCCUGACUUCCCACCGGACGGCUAUUUUGCAGCCGGGUAUCGUCAUGAGGAGCAGCGCAGAGCCAGGCAAUCGCAAUCAGCAUUCUAGAGAGCAUGCACCACGAGGUGAACAUGCAGAUAAGAGUAUAAUGAUACCUCGGUUCCUGGGGAGUACUAGUAGCUGCCUUCACAGCUGUUGAUAGAUCACAUACUGCUGAAGACGUGUAUGACUCUCAAUGCACUAGUACUGUAGAGGGCCAAGGUAUGUGCAAAAGUUACAGCUAAAUUUGUACUCCGCAGAGGGCAAGGUAUGUGCAAAAGUUACAGCUAGAUUUGUACUCCGCUAGGCGGCUGAUUUUUGAUUCACCAUGCAGACUUGAGAACGACGUCGUGUGAGGGCAACAUCACCACUUGAUCUAAUAAAACAGUUGCAGGUUAUCUACAUUGUAUAAUUAUACCGAGGGAUGCGCGUGGUGGUGUACAAGGCGUGCUCCGAAUGCCGUGUACGCAGAAGAGCUUAGAACAGUCUGCAGCAUGAAUCACAUGUGCAGGCUCUACUGCAUGCUGGGGAAAACCCGUUCUGUACAACGGUGCAAGCGGGCUUGAGAGCUGUACUGACGCUAAAAAAAGGAGUUUGUGCAGUUCUGUUACGCUUCCAAGGCUGAGCGGGCCAUACACAUAGAGUAAUGUUUCCUAGGCUAUUGCCCUUGCCUGAAUACCAGCCUAUCAGAGCACCCCUAUCAGGUUUUCAGCCGUAGUGUUGAUUUGUCCGAGUAGUAGUAGGCUACAAGCUAGCACCGUUUGAUUUUCAUUUCUUCGCACCAUGUACGGUCAAGUUGAUUAUGAAUUACAUUGCAGAUUUCAUAAGCGUAGAAUAGUACAGCCAGAAUUUGAGCGUUCUGGUAUUUCUUUUUCACUGUUGGUUUUCAGCAAAAAGAUCUUUUGUCUUGGAACAUCCAUUUUUCUUGUAAUCACUUGUCAGCAUUCCUUCUUCACCUGGCCUUGUUGUCAUAGAUGCAUGCGUGCCUACACUUCAGAAACGAAUUAACUUCAACCGAUAUUGAGCCGGUCUGUUAGCGGUGCCUCUUGGUGAUAACUCUAUGUGUUGUUACUGCUACCAGGUAGCCAAGGGACCCCGGGGCCCUUUCUGUUCACACUCCACCAGCUAACAGGGACCGGAAAUUUGCUGCCACAUCAGAAAAUCAGCUGUCACACACAGAAUACAGUUUUUUUUUAGAUGAUAAAAAGCCACAGCCUAGGGGAAUAGGCCGCCGUGGUGAUAUUGAGCCGGUCUGUUAGCGGUGCCUCUCGGUGAUAACGGUAUGUGUGGUUACUACUACUGCCAAGUAGGGAGCCUUGAAAGAAAGAAAUGUUCCAAGCAGAAUGUGUGCUCGCAUAGAACAGGCAGAGAUUGAUUUUGAGAAAGGAGAGGCCAUAAUAGCGGCAGCAGCAACAACAAAGCAGCCACCACCACUACUAUCAUGACCACCACACCUAGCAUACUACAGCAGGCGUACCCCAUGCAAACACGUACACACGUACAAACACACACACACGUACACACGUACAAACACACACACGUACACACGUACAAACACACACACACACACACACACACACACACACACACACACACACACACACACAUAUAGAGAAUGCAGAGAGGCUAUCCUAGUGGCAGAGCAGCGUGAACAACAUUGUAAGCGUUACGAAAACCUGAAAGACGAAGCAGCAAAGCGGGCUGGAUGGCUGGCCUAGUCAACAAAAGCACAGUGAUCUAGAGAAAAUGAAAAGACGCUCAAAACGAUUGAGCGUGCACAGUAGUAACAAGAUAGCUAGCGAUGACCAGAUUGUCGUUUGAGCUGUUGAAACAGUGCAGUGCGUUUCUCACAUCCUUGACACACGCUCAGGCGCGCUCACGCACACCGGCCGCAAGAAGGCAGAGAGGACUGACGCGACCGGGAGAGGAUCGGUCCACAGUACCGGCAUGACCACCCUGCUGCUGCUGCUGCUGCUCCAGCCAAUAGUAGUAGUAGUGCAGAUACUGCAGCCGGCUGGGCGUGGCGAGUCAGGGUAAAACGCCCCGGGG